UUAGUAUAUGUGUUCUUGUUGCUUCCUGGUUUUCCUACCUAGAUUUUUGCAUCAAGAACCAUUUCAUUUUUUCUUUCUCUUCUUCGAGUAAUGGAAGAUCAACAAGGGCAAGAGGCUAACAGUCCAAGCCAAGGCUCAGAGAGAAAUGAACCAGUGAGAUCAAGGUGGACUCCCAAGCCAGAGCAAAUCCUAAUACUAGAGUCUAUCUUUAACAGUGGGAUGGUUAAUCCUCCCAAAGAUGAAACAGUGAGAAUAAGAAAACUUCUUGAGAAAUUCGGUUCAGUUGGGGAUGCAAAUGUUUUCUACUGGUUCCAGAACCGACGCUCAAGAUCUCGUCGCCGACAACGCCAGAUGCAAGCUAAUCUUGAACAAAGAAAUCAGGCUCAAGCACAACCACAACUAGUAGUCACUAGUACCUGUGGUGCAACUCAGUUAUUUGAGAGUAGCUCUGGUUUUAGUUUUGGGCCUUUAUCAUCACCUUCGUAUCAUCUGGGUUCCUCUUCUUCUUCAUGUGGAGUUAUGGGCAACGAUGUUGCUGUGGACCAAUGUCUUUUUUCAGUCUCUGGUCAAAUGGGUUUCCCGGAAAUCGAGCAAAGCUCGGCUGUAACGCCUGGUUUAUGUGCUUCCGAUACUUCACAUUUGCAGUACCAAUCUGGAUUCAUCACAGUUUUUAUUAAUGGGGUUUUAACAGAAGUUCCAAGGGGGCCACUUGACAUGAAAGCAAUGUUUGGUCAAGAUGUAGUGUUGAUCCAUUCCUCUGGAGUACCAGUACCUAUCAAUGAAUUUGGCUACUUAAUCCAGGGCUUGCAGCAUGGUGAAAGCUAUUUCCUGGUUUCAAGACCAACAUAGGAAAUAAAGCUGCACCAAACAGU